AUGAGUAAGGAACUGUCACUAAGUCAGUCAGCUCAAUAUGUUGGGCCAUAUCGACUGGAAAAAACACUGGGGAAGGGCCAGACAGGCCUGGUGAAGCUUGGAGUUCACUGCAUUACGGGACAGAAGAUAGCCAUCAAAAUAGUCAACAGGGAGAAACUGUCCGAGUCAGUUCUGAUGAAGGUGGAGAGGGAGAUUGCCAUCCUGAAGCUGAUUGAGCAUCCGCAUGUGUUGAAGCUGCAUGACGUUUACGAGAAUAACAAAUACCUGUACCUGGUGUUGGAGCAUGUGUCAGGUGGGGAGUUAUUUGACUAUCUGGUGAAGAAGGGCAGACUGACACCUAAAGAGGCCAGGAAGUUCUUCCGACAAAUCAUAUCGGCCCUGGACUUCUGUCACAGUCACUCUAUCUGUCACAGAGACCUGAAGCCGGAGAACCUGCUCCUGGAUGAGAAGAACAACAUCCGCAUCGCAGACUUCGGCAUGGCCUCCCUACAGGUGGGGGACAGCCUGCUGGAGACCAGCUGUGGAUCCCCACACUAUGCCUGUCCAGAAGUGAUCCGGGGAGAGAAGUAUGAUGGUCGCCGGGCAGAUGUGUGGAGCUGCGGAGUCAUCCUCUUUGCUCUGCUGGUGGGUGCCCUACCAUUUGACCAUGACAACCUGCGUCAGCUCCUCGAGAAGGUGAAGAGCGGGGUGUUCCACAUGCCCCACUUCAUCCCUCCGGACUGCCAGGCCCUGCUCAAAGGCAUGAUUGAGGUCGACCCCGACAAGAGACUCACGCUAGAGGCCAUCCAGAAGCACACCUGGUAUCAGUCGGGUCGUAACGAGCCUUGUCCUGAGCAGCCCGCUCCCAGGCGGGUGUGUAUGGGGCGCAUCCUGUCGCUGACCGAGUUGGACCCGGAUGUGCUGGAUAGCAUGCACUCUCUGGGCUGCUUCAGAGACCGCGGGAAACUCACCCGCGACCUGCAGUGUGAAGAAGACAACCAGGAGAAGAUGAUCUAUUAUCUCCUGUUGGACAGGAAAGAGCGUUACCCCAGUUACGAGGAUGAAGAUCUGCCACCCAGAAAUGACGUAGCGGACCCCCCUCGUAAGCGCGUGGACUCUCCCAUGCUGACGCGUCAUGGCCGCUGCCGCCCGGAGAGGAAGAGCCUAGAGGUGUUGAGUGUGACCGAGCAGGGGUCUCCUACCCCGACCCGCAGGGCCCUGGACACGGCCGCACACAGCCAGAGGUCUCGAUCAGUCAGUGGGGCGUCCACCGGCCUCUCCUCCAGCCCUCUCAGCAGUCCCAGGGACCCACCCAAACCGGGAAGUGCUACCACGCCUCGGUCGGCCCGAACCCACGACAAACCCAAAGCGGCCCAGAACCCCAAAACCCAGACCCUGCCCACCACCACCAAGGGCGGUCCCGCCACCAAUCGGCCCCACCUCCAGCCCAUCAAGUCUCUCCCCAUCCACAACUCACCCUCCCGCUCGCCCUCCCCCCUCCUCUCACCCAUCCCCCGCUUCUUCUUCUUCCCCUCGCCCUCCGUGCUCAAGUCGGUCACUAAGAGCUUCUACCCCAACUCUACCCACUCUGUGUCGCAGGUCACCCCCCAGGGCUCUCCGCUGCCCACCCCCAUGGGCACCCCCGUCCACCACCCCCACCACCCCUCCUCCUCCACCCCUCCCUCCAACUCCUCCUCGUCCUCCUCCUCACGGGCGGAGGGAGGCGGAGGGGUGGGCUCCCUGUCCCUGACUCCGCCCUCCAGCCCCGGAGGGAGUGGCGGCAUGGCGGCUAGCAGCUCUGCCCACUGGAGGACCCGUCUUAACUCGUUCAAGAACAACUUGCUGGGCUCGCCCCGCUUCCACCGCCGCAAGAUGCAAGUACCCACAUUAGAGGACAUGUCCAGCCUGACCCCAGAGUCCAGCCCUGAGCUGGCUAAGAAGUCGUGGUUUGGGAACUUCAUCAGCCUGGAGAAGGAGGAGCAGAUCUUCGUGGUGAUCAGAGACAAGCCGCUGAGCUCUGUCAAGGCAGACAUCGUCCACGCCUUCCUCUCUAUCCCCUCCCUCAGCCACAGCGUCAUCUCCCAGACCAGCUUCAGGGCCGAGUAUAAGACCUCCGGCGGCCCCUCCGUCUUCCAGAAGCCUGUGAAGUUCCAGGUGGACAUUGCCUUCUCCGAGGGAGAGAGAGAGCGGGAGAGGGAGAAAGCCGAGCGGGAGGGCAAGAGAGAGGCGGGCAUCUACAGCGUGACGUUCAGCCUCAUAUCAGGUCCUAGUCGCAGGUUCAAACGAGUGGUGGAGACCAUUCAGGCCCAGCUUCUCAGCUCCCACGAUCAGCCCAUGGGGGUCUCUGACGAGAAGAACAGUCGGCCCCACGGUACCCCCACCCGCCAGAACUCCCGGCGCUCCGAGGGCGGGGGCGACCGGUGCGAGUGGGGCGAGCGAGGGGACGGAGGAGGCAUCGGAGGCGGCAUCGGAGGCAGUGGGGGGGUCCUGCAACGCCGAGGCUCUGGGAAGGAGAGGACCCGACUACUGUCCUCCAAUGGAACACAGUCCCAACCCUAA